CUCAUCUCCAAUAUUUUCACCCCCGCUGUGCUCUUGUAGCUCUUUCCUUACGGGCGCAACUCUGCAGUGCCGAUUACACUCCCACUCACCAUCUUCUGACUCUUCCUCAUCUCAUUGCAUCUUCAUUUCCUUCCUGAAGAGCAAUUAUUUACGUUUUUUAUUCCUUCGUGUUUUGAAUAGAAUGUUUAUAAAAUCGUUUGCUUUUUUAAUGUGUAGAAAAUAGAAGAAAAAUAAAGAAGACGAUUUUAUUUCAAAUCCUGCUCAGGGAUACUUAGUUUUCAAUACAACAAGGAUUAUUGGUAUUAAGAUUCUGAAGCAAAAUGGCUGCUACCGUGGAAGGAGGUGACGCCACGGUGGCGAACGAUACUUCGGGCGAAUCACCUGCUCCCUUGGAUGGACCUUCUUUCAAGGAUCAAUUCAAAUUAUUUGCCAAAUUCGGGGACAGUAAAAGUACGGGUGAAGCCAUCACACUGUCUAACAGUGACAAAUGGAUGAAACAAGCUAAAGUAAUUGACAAGAAACUGACCACUACAGAUACUGGUAUCUACUACAAGAUGGUAGCAAAGGCAAAAAAGUCACUGGCCGUUAAAGAGUAUGAAGAAUUCCUGGACAAGUUAGCGAAAAACAAAAAGGUGGAUAUAGCACAAAUGAAGCAGAAAAUGGCAUCAUGUGGCCCGCCAGCUACAUCUAAAACAACGCCUACUACAGCCAUGGCUGCAGUUAGUCGAUUAACUGAUCACACCAAGUACACUGGUACCCACAAACUUCGAUUUGACGAUACUGGUAAGGGACGUGGUAAAGAAGGUCGCGAAGACAGACCCAAUGAAGGUGGCUACGUACAAGGUUACAAGGACCAAGGAACCUACGAGACUACUCAUUAAAGAGAGACAUAUUUUAUGUAUAUAGAAAUGUUAAUUAUCGAGAGAUUGAUAUACAGAGAGACCUCAAUCCAGCCAAUCAGAACUUAUUUUGCAUAUGUUUUGGCAUACCUUAAUCCAGCCAAUCAGAACUUAUUUUGCAUAUGCUUCGGCAUAAAUACAAAAAUCGAAAUUAAAAACUUUCAAUACGUUUUUCUCCAAAAACAUUUGUAUAGUGUUUGCAUAAAAAGCUUAUUGAAAGAACUCUAAAGUCAUGACUAUACUUUAUAGCUAAAAUUAGUUGUUUUUAAUUCUUUGCCUCUUUUUUAAUUACUUUUAUCAAUAAAUUUAUAGAAUGAAUGACCAGUUUUAUAUUAUGCUAAAUAAAUUAUCAAUAGUUCGAAAUAAUUUUAAAAUUUAUGAACAUUUUUAAAAGGUAUUAAAUAGAAUUUAAAUAUAAAAAAUUAACAAUAAUUUCAUAACCAUAAAAAAAAUUUGAAAUAACUGUUUACACCUAAACUGAUUUGAUAGUCAUUGAUUUUUUAAAUAGAUCAAUAGUUUUAAGACCAUAAGCUUGGAGAAGAGAGCAAUUGGAGGUUUAAAUGAAUAUUUGUGCUAUGUCUAAAUUAUUUUUAAAAUACACUAAUUUGUAAAAAUUAUUCUUAACUAAAGUUUUAUAUUCUAGACACGUUAGCUAAUUUUUUAUUAAAAAUUGGUUACACAAUUUACAACAUUACUAAACUGCAUAAUAUUUUUAUAAUUAUGCAUAUUGCAAUGCCUGUGUAACAUUUUUCAAAAUUUUCAUCGAUUUUCUCUUGAUACACUAGUACUAAUACUACAAUGAGAAUCUGCAAUAGAAAACAUCAAACAUCGCAAUAAAAAACAUAAAUCGAAUCGGAGAAUACAUUUUAUUUGCAUUUUGAGUGCAAAAUAAAAUAGUCAAUUACGCAUCUGAGUAAGAUUAAAUUACUUUUUUGCAUUAUAUUCAUUUUAAAUACUGGAUUGAGCUCUUAAUGUAUCCUAUUGUUGUAAUCUAUGUUUACAAUGGCACAAACUUUAAAGAUACAGCUUGAUUGAAAUUAAGCAUAGAUAUUUUGUAAAUAUUCUUGAAGCAUUUACAUAGUUAAAAAUGUUGGCGUUACUUAAUUAACGGUUAUUACUAAGUACUAUAUUUUAAACUUUAACUGUUCGUUAAAUUGAGUUAAAUUUGCACUUUUAAAAGGCUAAUGAUGGUAUUUGACGAAAUUAUUGAGUAUUGUGUGUACUUUUAUUUUCUUCCAUUUUUCAUUGUAGAUACCGCAUUUCCUUACUACUAUUUAUAUGUGUAUUUGUGCUUUUAUACGUGUAACCUAUUCUGCAUGAAAUUAAACAAAGCAAUCGCAAAAUUAUCAAGUUUUAAAGCAAUUUAACAAUCAUAAUCAAAUUAUGCAAUUUUAUGGUACAUAUUAAUAUUAAAUUCACAAUUAUUGUACUGAGUCACUAUAAAAAAUGUCUUUUAAAUCUAUUUGAAAUGCUGAAAAAAUCAAAA